CAUUCAGAAAAAGAGUGUAUUGACGCUAGCACAACAAAUAUUGGUCUUUGCACAUCUUCUUUAAACAAAUUUGUAUGGAAUAUGGCUAACACAAGAGUAUUAUUAGAUUUAUGGAAAGAUAAUUACAAAGCAUUAACAUCUGCAAGAAGAAAUACAAAUAUUUACAAACAAAUGGCAGCUGAAUUUUCAAACACAUUUAAUAUCGUAUCUCCGUUAACUGGAUAUCAAAUUCAAUCUAAAAUUAGUAAUUUGAGGAAACAAUUUAGACGAGAAAAACUUCAAGUUGGUUCAUCGGGAGGAGCUCCUAGUAAAUGGUGGCCUUACGAUAUUGUUGCCAAAAUAAUAGGUGGUGAAGCUUCCCUUGACAAUGACCUUUUAUCUCAAAGUCAAAACUUUUCUACUCAAGAUUUUCAAGAUGGUCAGAUUGCCACAAUGGAAGAUGGCAAGGUAUUUUAAAUAUUGAAGCUUUGGAUGAUACAAGUGAUGUGCAAUCAAUUGUCACUAUUCCUGAUGAGGAACCAACUCAAUCUACAUCCGGCUGCAAUAAACGGAGGAACUCUGAUGAUGAAAAAACUUUGAAUAAAAUAGCAAAAACUGAACCGGUGAGAAAAAAUAAAAAAACAAAUUUUUCUUCUGAAUAUUUAAAAAUAGAAAAUAAAAAUCUAGAUGUUCAAAUCCGUUCACAAGAGAUACGAAUCAGAGAGGUUGUUGCUUUAGAGCGUAUUUGCGAUGCAAUUGAAAAUGCAUCUAAAGCCCAAGUAGAUGUGUCUAAAGCCCAAGUAGAAUAUUAUAAAUUUUUAAUAAAAAAAUAAGGUGUUCUAUUAGUCAA